UCAACACAAGAAGCAGUACGAGAAGAGCUGUCAAAAUAGCUACAAGUGUCAUAUUGGUUAAAUUUUGUUAAAUAAAUUUAUUUAAAUUUGAAAAGUAUACAUUUUAAAAUAACUUGCCAUUAUGUCUCAUAAUCAGUAUGGAGGUUACCCCGGAUCCUACCCCCAAUCUCAACCGAGUGUCCCACCAGAAAUUCAACAAUGGUUUAACGCAGUCGACCGAGACAGAUCAGGAAAAAUAACCGCGAAGGAAUUACAAUCCGCUUUGGUUAAUGGAAAAGGCCAAAAUUUUUCUGAUAAUGCUUGCCAGCUUAUGAUUGGUAUGUUUGAUUUGGACAAGACGGGUACAAUAGAUAUAUAUGAAUUUGAAAAAUUAUAUGCUUAUAUAAAUCAGUGGCUGACUGUUUUUAAAACUUAUGAUCGGGACCAUUCGGGACACAUAGAAAAAGAAGAAUUGAGCCAAGCACUUACCCAAAUGGGAUUUCGAUUUUCGGACCAAUUCAUAACAUUCCUAGUUAACAAGAGUGACGUACAGAACCACAAAGAGGUUUCCGUUGACCAGUUCAUUGUCAUGUGUGUACAAAUACAGAGGUUCACAGAAGCAUUCAGACAACGAGAUUCCCAACAAACAGGAACCAUAACAAUAGCUUUCGAAGAUUUUCUCAAUGUUGCUUUAAGUUGUUCUAUUUAAAAAAAAAUCAUUGUUAACAAUAAAGAUUUAAAAAUUUUCAUAAGUAUUAAAUAAAUUUCACACACAUUUUUGUGUAUUAAAAGGGUUUUUAUUAUCAAUUAGUUAAUAAAAUAACUACUAAAAUUGUAAAUGAAAUUUGUAUUGUAUAUAUAAAAUUGAAAUACCUACAUUUUGUAUGCAGAUGUUAUAACUGAUUGUAAGUGAACCAAUUAUUGUAAGGAAUAUGGGACGCCAUAUUUUCACUCAUUUUUUUUACACUUUAACUAUAAUGUAACAGAAAUUAUAGUGUUAUU